GGCUCUCGGCGGCGAUCGGCGCGCGCCGUGCCGGCGCGGAUGUGGUUCUCCUCGAGCGGUACGGCUGCUUCGGAGGCACCAUCACCACAGUGGGCAUGGAGACCCUGGGAUGGUACAGAUAUGAAGGCACGCAAGAUUGUGAGGGCAUUGGCCGCGAGAUGGAGCGAGUGGCGGAACGAAUGGGAGGCACCACGAA